UAAUCACAUGAAAACCGAGGUUUGCGGAAGCUGCCGUCCGGUCACCGUCUCCGUGUUCCUGUCAAAGUCACCACAGCUUGUCACGUUUAAUAUGGCGUUUUCAGAAAAAUGGAAAUAGCGCUCAGCCUCGUAUCGUUAACUGUCACCAAGGUUUUGCAGUUUUCUGGACUCGUCGACAGAAGGAAUGCCCUGAAGACCAAAAAGAUGGAGGAGAAAGCGUUAGAAGUGUACGAUGUGAUUCGAUCGAUCCGAGACCCAGAGAAGCCCAACACCCUGGAGGAGUUGGAGGUGGUGACGGAGAAAUGUGUGGAGGUCCAGGAGCUCGGAGAGGACGAGUACCUGAUCAUUAUCAAGUUUUCUCCAACCGUCCCUCACUGCUCUCUGGCUACUUUGAUCGGCCUGUGCUUACAAGUGAAGCUGCAGAGGUGUUUGCCUUUUAAACAUAAGUUGGAAAUUUACAUUUCAGAGGGAACCCAUUCUACUGAGGAAGAUAUUAACAAACAGAUCAACGAUAAGGAGCGAGUGGCAGCCGCCAUGGAAAACCCGAACCUGAGAGAGAUCGUGGAGCAGUGUGUGACCGAACCCGACGACUGACCAGGCAGAGCUGCCCACCUGAAAGCAAACACCCUGGAGCUGUAGUGUGUGUGUGUGUGUGAGUGUGAGUGUGUGUGUGUGUGAGUGUGUGUGUGUGUGUGUGUGUGUGUGUGUGUGAGUGUCUUUCCACAGUGCCUGAGGAUAUUUUUCAGAGGAUUCCCUAGCGUCUGUCUGAUGGCAGAGACUUGUUUCGGCUCUGAGGAGUUUGUGGGUGUUUGGGGGAUUUUUUUUUUUCUGAACAGUCUCCAGUAAUAAGGUUGAAUACUGAGUAAUGAAUAAAAGCCAGAGGGGAAGUUGGCGUAAAGCGACAGAUGUGUGUUGACUUUCUCGUCAUUCCCUGCUGGACAGACUCGCAGUGAACAGCAGCAGGUCUUUGUUGUCGUCUGCUGAGUUCUGCUGGAGGCAGCACCAGACGCUGCGGAGGAAAUGGUCCAGAGAAAACAGGAGACGCCUCCUGCCCUACUUCCAUUUCAUCCUCCAUCCGUCUGCUUUUCCUUCCUCCUUCAAACCGACUCUGGGAAGAGAGAGAUAGGUCUUGAGAUGGGUUUUCUCUCUUUUUUUUGCACAGGAAACCCGAAAGAAAUGCACUCAGAUGUUUCAUGUUUCCUGUGGUGACUGUUUUUAGAAGUCUGGCCUUUUGUAAAUGCACUCAGGGAAUCAAUCAGUCAGUCCGAGUCAGUCUGAGUAGAAAUAUGAUUCUUUAGAUUUGAUUUUUUUAAUUUUUUUUUUUUAAAAGAUGUGAUGUACAAAAAAAAUCAGCUAUUAAAAGUUACAUGGA